CAGUGUGGUCCACUUGCCCAGGGAGAAGAAGGAGGGGGAAAAAAAAAAAAAAGUGGGCUGUAACUUAAAGAUCUUAAGACUUCCAAGUGAGGGGUUGGUCUGGAGGUGGGAGGGGGGAGUGACCAGACAAGGAGGAGACAGAGACUCAGGAGGGUGCAAGGAAGUGUCCUAGCUGAGGCCAGGACAAGGCAGGAGAGGGUGGAGGGAAGUCUGCGGGAGCAGGCAUCCUCCAGAAUCCGGUCGCAGCUCCUGCCGCUCGCUCGCUGGCCGGGAAGGGCUCUGGACACCCUCAGCCCUUCUCGCCUGCCCUCUGAGGCUCAGGCCAGGCCAGCCGCUCGGGGCCCUUGCUGAGUUGGUGCCACAGCCACGGAGCUGGGACCCCAAGGACCCCCUGCCCGUCUUCUCUCCAAUGCCCAGCAUGGAGGAGGCUGGCGAUUUCGACAACUACUAUGGGGCAGACAACCAGUCUGAGUGCGAGUACUCGGACUGGAAGUCCUCGGGGGCCCUCAUCCCCGCCAUCUACUUGCUGGUCUUCCUCCUGGGCACCACGGGCAAUGGGCUGGUGCUCUGGACCGUGUUCCGCAGCAGCCGCGAGAAGAGACGCUCGGCCGACAUCUUCAUCGCCAGCCUGGCCGUGGCGGACCUGACUUUCGUGGUGACCCUGCCGCUGUGGGCCACGUACACGUACCGGGACUACGACUGGCCCUUCGGCACCUUCGCGUGUAAGCUCAGCAGCUACGUGAUCUUCGUCAACAUGUACGCCAGCGUCUUCUGCCUUACCGGGCUCAGCUUCGACCGCUACCUGGCCAUCGUGAGGCCCGUGGCCAACGCUCGGCUGAGGCUGCGGGUCAGCGGGGCGGCGGCCACGGCGGGCCUGUGGGUGCUGGCCGCGCUCCUGGCCGUGCCGGUCAUGGUGUUCCGCUCCACCGGGGACCUGGAGAACACCACGAGGGUGCAGUGCUACAUGGACUACUCCAUGGUGGCCGCCUCCAGCUCGGAGUGGGCCUGGGAGGUGGGCCUGGGGGUCUCGUCCACCGCCGUGGGCUUCGUGGUGCCCUUCACCAUCAUGCUGACCUGCUACUUCUUCAUCGCGCAAACCAUCGCCGGCCACUUCCGCAAGGAGCGCAUCGAGGGCCUGCGGAAGCGGCGCCGGCUGCUCAGCAUCAUCGUGGUGCUGGUGGUGACCUUCGCGCUCUGCUGGAUGCCCUACCACCUGGUGAAGACGCUCUACAUGCUGGGCAGCCUGCUGCACUGGCCCUGCGACUUCGACAUCUUCCUCAUGAACGUCUUCCCCUACUGCACCUGCAUCAGCUACGUCAACAGCUGCCUCAACCCCUUCCUCUACGCCUUCUUCGACCCGCGCUUCCGCCAAGCCUGCACCUCCAUGCUGUGCUGCGGCCGGAGCAGGUGCCGGGGCGCCUCGCACAGCAGCAGCGGCGAGAAGUCGGCCAGCUACUCUUCCGGCCACAGCCAGGGGCCCGGCCCCAAUUCCGGAAAGGGUGGAGAGCAGAUGAACGAGAAGUCCAUCCCCUACAGCCAAGAGACACUCGUGGUUGACUAGGGCUGGGGGGAUCAGAGAGGAGCCCGGUGCCCUCCGCCCCACCCUGGCCUCUGCCCUUGCUCUCUGAAAGUCAGGUAGCAGGAUAGCACCUUCUCCCUUGCAUUUGACCCUUUUCCUCGCUCCCUGCCUCCCUGCCCCCCUGGUCCUCCUUCCUCCUUGAGUUUUGUGGUUUAGUGGAAGGAGACUGAGUCCUGCGGACUCGCGCUGGCGCUGGGCCACUCGGUAUCUGUGAGAGGGACUUUGCUCCAGUCUCUUAACCCCCUGGAGCCUCAGUUUCCCCAUUUGUAUAAAACAGGGGAGGUCAGCCUGGCUCAACUGAAAUGUGUUGCCCCCACUCUUUUCUUGGAUCUCCAGCUUUUUCUUUUCCCUCCUUUCUUCUAAUGUUCUCUCCCCUCUCUCUGCCCCUGCUUUGCCCUCUUAGCUGCACUUUCUGCUCCGAAUCCUUACCUACUGGCUCCAACCCCCUCUCCUGGAGCACAUCCCCUCCCUCAAUCCCUUCUUUCUCCCCUGUUCACUUCCUGGUUGUGUAGGGCUCCUAAGGGUUAAGAAUCCUGAAGCUUGCACACAUGGCCCUGGCCCCAGCUCUGUUGGGCUCCCUGGAGUGCAGCGGGGGACCUGGGCGGGGCGGGCAGCUGGCAAGGGAGGGCUGGUGUUAGCCAAGUUAGCUCCAGGCUCUGCAGCUGGGAGCUGCGGAACUUUCCUGCAAACUGGAUCAGUUCACUUUCAGGCACUAAGGAUUCCAGAAGGGGUCUCCCCUCUUGCAGCCCCUCCCAGAAGCCAAUUAGAUGAGCUUUUUGCAGAUUUCCUCAGACCCUCUCUUCAGCCUCUGUUCCCUGCGUCCAUCGGAAGGCUGUGGGGUUGGUGCAGGGACGGCUGGCUCCUUGGAGUCAUAGAGGAGUGGGGAGUUGGGAAGGGAACACCGGGGAAGAAGGGAGUCUGUAUUUAGUCUACAUGCUGCUUGGCUUCCCUCUCUGAUUCCUCAUCCCUCUAGCCCCUACAGGCCUCCACACCACGCCUGGCGUCCCCAGCCAGGACACUUUUCUUGAGCACUGGUGCAUCUGGGUGCCAAGAUUUAUGUGUGUGUGCAUGCAUGUGUGUGUGCGUGUGUGUGUGUGUGUACAUGGAAGAGCGUCACGCGUCAUUUGGGUGAACUACCCCCCUACUGUCUACCGCUUCACCACUCUUCACACAAUAUCCUUGGGGGGAGGGAGGCAUAUUGAGGCAAUAGAGAAUAAAAUGAGAAUAAAAUGAGUCCACCCCGCCCCCACUGGAUUUGGGGGCCCUGACGGCAGGUCCGUGCUUUAAGAGAGAAGUCUAUGCUAGUGCUGGGGGCCAGCCCCUCUGGGGAGAUCUGUCCCCAAGGCCUGGGGACACUCAGUGUGCUGGGUCGCAUCCUUCCUAGUUCCCUGAGGGAAGUACGAGGUGGGUUAGAGCUUCCCGUGGCCCCUUCUCCACGCCUCCCCACCCUGCUCUGACUUGAUGAGUGUGUUCCUUGCCAUUCUCACUUUUCCAGGGUCUGUGGCGUUCUUGCCUGGGGUGAAAAGCGCUGGGUGGGUUUUUUCUCACCUCACCCUCAGGAUCACUGUUGGCCUCUCCUGCUGGGCUGGGGGGGCUGGGCACGGUGACCCGGAGCAGCUGCAGCAAGGCUGAGGGCCUGACGUCAUGCCACCAGCGAGGCCUCAAGGACCAAAUUGACGGCAGGCCUUUGUGAGCUGGGGGCAGGGUGUGUAUAUUCCAGGUUUUGUUCUUGGAGGACUCCGGACAGGACGUGAAGGACAAGAUUUGCGCCAUGGAGGCAGGAAGAGCCCGGCUUGGUGUCAAUGGAGAGCUUGACCGUCCCUGGGAUGGUGCCAGCUCUGGGAGGCAGAGGAAGGAGGAGAAAGGAAGAGACCCCUUGCAGCUUAGUUUCCCUUUCACAGGCCAGAAUCUUCCGUACACUCCCUUUCUCAGCCCAGGGCUCUCCUCAAAGUAUGCGGUUAAAGCUGGAGGAAACAUCUAGAAGAUCUAGAAGGGACAAGGGUGCCCUUCGGAGGCCCUCAUGGGGACCCCAGAGACCUCUUGCCUGGAACUCAUUGGUUGUCCUGGACAGAGUGGGGAGGCUCCCUCACCCCCGACCAGCCCCUUCUUUGGAAUGUCUCUGCUAUUUUUUUUCUGACCCUCUUAGUCACUGCGGUUCAUUCAAUAAAUCUGUUUUGUGUAA